CCUGUGGCAAGUGCCUCGGCGGAUUGUAGUGAGGAAAGGAGAAGCCCAGCAAGCGUAUGCGGUUACACCUUGUACACAGAUGGCCGCGUGACUCGUAUCUUGUCUAUUAGGUACACAAAUGAACGUCUGAAGGUAUAUGCACGUAUAGGUAGGUGUACAUGAAUAUCUCGCCACAACGAAGGCUGACGGGGAAAUAUGUAAUCAAACCAACGAAAGGCAAGCAUCUUUAUGGCAGCACGUAGACAUACCGCCUGCUCCCGUAUAGACUGAGACUCGACGACUCGAGUGUGCAUUUUCAAGUUUGGAUUUACCAACAGGCAGCACCAAGGGGAAGCUACAAUUUUUAAAAGGAUAUAAUUUGAAAACGUGUCGUAUCUUGCCUAUUUUGAGGGAAUAUUGUUUUUAAACAAUUAAUGGCAAUGAAGUGUAAUUUGAAGGUCGCUUGAGCAACGUUUGAAAUAUUUUGGUUAGCUAUAGAGCUACAUGACAGGAAUAUACAUUAUAGGGCUUUAGCUAGCUUGCUAGCUGUCUGGUACCAGCUUGCCUAUAAUACAUCCGAACGGACGUCAACGAGAUGAUACAUUUAGAAUUUACCUGAGGAGAUUCACCUUUUACACUUUGAAGGAGGGAUUUAUCCAGAAAAGGAGGGAAGGGACACUAACUUCCCUCUCUCCCAGAGACUUGAAAGACUUUCCUUGGCCUGUGUUUGUGUGUAUAUAGGUUGGCUGAGGUGAAGCUUUAUUGAGGUACCCUCAGAAAGUGCAGGGGAAAGGCAAUGUACUUUAGGAGAUGGAGAGAAGGAAAGUAAGGAUCGAAAGUUAGUAUUGGUCGGGUGGAGAAAAGAAGCACUGUGCUGCUUAUCCGUUACCUCUGUAAAGACUAAAGAAAGGAGAGAAGAGAGAAGGAGGGAGUCUACUCUAGUGGCAGGGCCCAGUCGUGUAGUCACCAGAAACGCUGGAAGAACAGCAGCCAGAGAACCUAGAAGGUGGGUAAGAAGAGGACCACAAAAGAGAGGAGAGACGGGGACUGAAGGAGAACCAAAGGGUCGGAGGAGAGGACGGGGAGGAGGAGGCGGCGCAUCCCCAUGGCGACGGACCCUGGGGAACCCACAGGGACAGAGGACUCUUCGGAGAAACCUGUUGGCGCACGGGAGGAGACGGACCAGGAGAGCAGCAGGAGGGAGAGGACGCACAGCACCCCCUCAGACUUCCUCUCCUCCCAGACCCAGGAGAGGAGAACCGUACAGGGAGGGGAGACAAGAGGCGGCGGUGGAAGGGGUGGAGGGUCCGGAGAGACCAGGGACAGUAAGGAAGUGGAGCCCCUGGCGGUUAAACCCAUGUCUCUCUCCACACCCUCGUCCCCGGCUGCGACUGCGGCGGCUUCAAGGUCAGGGGGUCACGGGCCGAGACUGAGGAGAGAGAAGCGUUUCUUCAGGAAGAGUGUGGAGAUCUGUGAGGAGGACGAUGUGGUAGCGGAUCCCCCAGUUGUCUCCCACUCCGCCCCCCACCUGGACUCAGUCAUCACCCUCGGUGGCGCCCAGGCCGCUACCGCCGCCUCUGCAGCCCUGGGACAUGACACGGCCGACCACGGCCCAUCCAGCCUAAGCUCCACCCAGGACCCCGGGGCCAAGGACACCCCCUCUUCCGCCCCACCCCAGACGGGGAAGGAGCGAGACCGGGAGCAGGAGGAGGAGGCAGAGAUGAAGGCCGUGGCCACCUCGCCGGGGGGGAGGUUUCUGAAGUUUGACAUUGAGCUGGGGAGGGGUGCCUUCAAGACCGUUUAUAAAGGCCUGGACACUGAGACCUGGGUGGAGGUUGCCUGGUGCGAACUACAGGACCGUAAGCUGACCAAGGCGGAGCAGCAGCGGUUUAAGGAGGAGGCAGAGAUGCUGAAGGGCCUCCAGCACCCUAACAUUGUCCGUUUCUAUGACUCCUGGGAGUCAGUGCUGCGAGGGAAGAAGUGCAUCGUCCUGGUCACCGAACUCAUGACCUCGGGAACCCUCAAAACGUACCUGAAGCGCUUCAAGGUGAUGAAGCCCAAGGUCCUGAGGAGCUGGUGUCGUCAGAUCCUGAAGGGCCUCCAGUUCCUCCACACUAGGACCCCUCCCAUCAUCCACAGGGACCUCAAGUGUGACAACAUCUUCAUCACCGGCCCUACCGGCUCCGUCAAGAUCGGAGACCUGGGAUUGGCCACUCUCAUGAGGACCUCCUUUGCCAAAAGUGUCAUAGGUACCCCUGAGUUCAUGGCUCCAGAGAUGUACGAGGAACAUUAUGAUGAGUCUGUUGACGUCUAUGCCUUUGGGAUGUGCAUGUUGGAGAUGGCCACCUCAGAAUACCCCUACUCAGAGUGCCAGAAUGCUGCACAGAUCUACCGCAAAGUCACCAGCGGUAUAAAACCAGCCAGCUUCGAUAAAGUCAAUGACCCAGAGAUCAAAGAGAUCAUUGGGUGCUGCAUCCGCCAGGACAAGAGUCAGAGGCUGUCCAUCCGGGACCUGUUGACCCAUGCGUUCUUCGGGGAGGACACCGGGGUGCGUGUGGAGCUGGCGGAGGAAGACACGGGCUGUCAGGACUGCCUGGCCCUCAGGAUCUGGGUGGAGGAGCCAAAGAAGCUGAAGGGAAAACACAAAGACAAUGAGGCCAUCGAGUUCAGCUACGACCUGGAGAACGACAGCGCAGAGGAGGUGGCUUCGGAGAUGGUGAAGUCAGGCUUCUUCCACGAGAGCGACGCUAAGGUGGUGGGUAAAUCCAUCCGUGACCGCGUCACGCUCAUCAAGAAGUCCCGUGAGAGACGCCAGCAGCAGCUGCUCCGACAGCAGCAAGGCUUUGAUGAGAGACGGGACUCCACCCUCACCUCCUCCACCUGCUCUCACCUCUCCUCCCUGGGGCCUGGGGUGGCUGUGUUGACAGGGGGAGGUGGGGGAGGAGGAGGGCAGGGUGAGGUUGAGGAGCUUCCAGAGGUGGAUCAGCAUGUGAGGCAACAGCAGCAGAUCCACAGUGGGAAUGCUCUGAGCCUGCCCACAGGAGGUGAGAGCAUUGGCUCAGCCAGCUGUGAAUCCUAUGCCAGUGGCCAGAGCCAGGCAUACCCUCAGCAAGGGGAGUCAUACAUGCUCUCUCAACUCAGCCUCCCUGCUGCUGCCUCGGCAUUUUUGGCCCACCACGAAAUGCUCCCGAUUGGUCAGAGCGGAGGAGUUCCGAACGUGCCUACUGGUCAGAGUGGUGGGAUUUCCGCCAUGUGCAUUGGUCAAAGCAGUGGUGGGGCACCUUUUGGUCAGCAGACUUAUGUUCAGCCUGUUGCUAUGGCAACACAAGCCUCACCAGGUGUACCACAGCAGUAUUCUCAGUCAUACCAUUCGGAUGGAUCACAGAUCGCACCAAUGGCCCCUUCCCAGUCCUGUGCACCCCCAGUUUCACCCCAAGCCCAGCUUAACAUUCUUCCAGCUCCCAUAUCAGUGGGAGACCCAACAGGACUAGUGGGAGUUGGUGACAUGGAGGCCAUGGUCCCUCUCCCACAACAGACCCAGGCCAAUGUCACUCCUAACAUCAUGCAGGCCUCUGACAUCCAGAUGACACCCCAGCCUUUAACCCAGCAAGCGCAGCCUUUCAUGAUUACCCAACAGCAGACCAUUGUUCAACAACAGCAGAUACUGAUGGAGCCACAGCAGCAGCAAAUGGAGGCUCAACAAACCACCCUGCUUCAGCAGCAACAACCACACCAACAACAACAGGCCAAUGUAAUUCCCCAGAAGGCGGUACUGAUACAGCAACAUAUAGAACAACAGCAGCAGACUAUAGCAAUCCAACAGCAGCAAACUACUGAGCUUCAGCAGCAAGUGUAUGUGCAGCAAGCUUUGGUUCAGCAGCAAAUGCAACAGCAUCCUCAGCAGCAGGCCUUACCACCACAACAGCCAUCAAUGGACCAACAGCAGCAACAACAACAGGCAUUGUCAUUACAGCAAGUGGAUCAAACCCAAGCCUAUGUGCAACCACCGCUAAACGACCUACAACAGCAGCAACAACUGCAACAGCAGCAAACAUUGUUGCUACACCAACAGCACCAGAUUGAACAUCAGCAACAACAACAAGCAAUGUUACUAGAACAACAACAGCAAGUGUACAUACAACAGCAGCUUGAGCAACAGCAGCAACAGGCGUUGCUACAAAAGCAACAACAGGCACGGCUACAACAGCACCAACUGGAGCAACAGCAAGCGCUGUUACAACAGCAAAUAUUUGAGCAACAGCAGCAGCAAGCGAUGUUACAGCAGCAGCAACAAGAGCAGCAGCAAAAGCAAGCCUUAAAGCAACAGCAACAACAGGUGCAACUACAGCAACAACAGCUAGAGCAACAGCAAGCGCUGUUACAACAGCAUCAGUUUGAGCAACAGCAGCAGCAUGCGCUCCUACAGCAGCAACAACAACUGGAGGCUCACCAAGCGAGCCAGAUCCAACAACAACCGGAAAUGGAUCUACAACAGCAGCAACCACUGUAUCAACAACAGCAAGCUGUGCUGCAACAACCGACCCAACUACAACAACAGGCGGUCGUCAGUCAUCCAAUCGACUCACAGCAAGCUGUGCUACAGCAACAGUUGGAACAACAGCAAGCCCUGCUACAACAGCAACAACUUCAGCAGCAACAAGCAGUUUUACAGCAGCAGCAAUUGGAGCAACAGCAACAACAGGCACAACUGCAACAGCAGCUGGAGCUACAACAGCAGCAAGCUUUGUUACAACAACAGAUCGAGCAACAACAGCAACAGCAGGCGUUGCUACAACAACAACAAGCAGAGAGACUACACCAACAGGCUUUGCUACAACAGCAGCAGCAACAGAUUCAACAACAGCAAGAGACUGGGCAAUCGCAGCAGCAAACCGCCAAUAUUCAAUUUCAACAAAGUGAGAAACAAGAGACCACUUUGAUUCAGCAACAAUGUGAGCAGUUGCAAGCUUUGAUUCAACAGCAACAAAUUGAUGUGUGUUUGUUGCAGCAACAACAACAACAGCAAAACACUGCUAUGUUUCCACCUAGUCACACGAGCCUAACGCAGCAGCAAGUGACAGAACAACAGCAAGUAGCGCUGAUACAACAGCAGCAGCAGCAACAACAAGCUGUAUUACUGGAGCAACAACAACAAGCGUAUGUUGUCCAGCAACAACAGCAGGGCCAUCAGAGCUCUGUCAUUGAACCUCCUUCUCAGAUCCCCCUUGUUGCCCCAAACCUACCAGCAGCAGAGGUUAUACAGGCCAUGCAGGUCCAAGCUCAGAUGGCUGCCCAAGCCCAGGGUCAGGGAGCCAAACCUGUAGCCAUUCAGCCACAGAUUCCCAGCCAGGCUCCACUGGCUAUAGUGCAUGCCCAAGUCCUGGCCCAGAUUCAAGCUCAGAAUGAAGCUCACCCUCAGAGCCUGGGCCAUUUCCCAGUCCCAGUACUCCAGGCCCAGCCCCAGCCUCCACUCAAAGCCCAGCCCCAGAUGAUUGAAGUCCAGAUUCCACCUCAAGUGGUGGCCCCGAUCCAGGCACCAAGUCCUCCGAUCCCUAUCCAGUCCCAGGCUCCUAUAGUACAGGCUAUCCAUCAGAUCCCAGCUCAAAUACAGGCCCAGGCUCCAGUGCAGUCACUCAUCCAGCAGACUCCCCAGUCUCUGCAUCCAACCCAAGCUUUGAAUCCGAUUCCAGCAGUUGUUGAGACUCAGAUGAUGCCUCCUAUGAGGCAGAGUCCAGCUCUGGUCCAACCCCAACCUCCAGUCUCAAUAACCGCCAUGCACAGCCAGAUCCAACCCCAGCACGAGUCUCCAGUGCAGCCCAGUGUUCAGCUCCCAGGUCUAGCGCAGCCUCAACACCGCCCCCAUGCUCCAGCUGUACUACUGGCACCCCAGUAUGUCACUGCACCUCAGCCCACCCAGCAGCAAGCCAUACAGCCAGUCCUGCAACAACAACAUCAGGACAUCACACAACAAGUUACCCAGCAACACCAGCAGGUACUGUUGGAGCAACAGCAGUCCAUGGUGCAGUACCAGCAGAUGAUGCUGUCUCCUGGAUCUGUUGGUGUUGGAACUGUCAUGGAGGCCCCUGCCUCCACAGUCAUAGACCCUACCACCUUGGUCUCUGCUUCGCCUCAACACAUACAACAACAGACUGGGCAAGUGUAUAACCAAGGCCAGCAGGUACAGCUACAACCACAGGUACAGCUACAGCCUGUCCCACAGCCACAACAGCAGCAGCUGCAAGUAACAGGAAGCCCAGCUGUGGUGCAGCCGUUAAACCAACCCAUACCUCAGGCUCAGUCUAAAUCUAUGCUGCCUCAACCCAUUCCCAUGGAGCAAUACCAACAGCAACAGCUGGUGCAACAGGUUCCACAAGUCGUACAACAGACACUCCCACAGCAGCUUCAGUCUCAGACAGCCCCAAUUCAACAGGCUCUGCAGUCUCAGCAUCAGCAGGUCUCAAAUCCCGACCCAUGUCAACUGGGUUAUCAGCUUCCUCAGAUCCCCCCACAUCUGUUGCCCCAGCAGUCUACUGUUAACCCAGCACAGACAGCAUCCCCCAGAAACGUGCCCCAGCUCGGGUCUCAGACUAGAGCCCUACCCCUGUACAGUCAGGUAGUAGCAGGAGCAGGAGGUCUGCCACCAUCCCCCCAGCACCAAGCUCAGCUGACACAGCCAAUACCCACGCACACACACACCCAGAUGGCCAUGCAAGCUCAGGCACACACCCAGACACUGGCCCAAGCGCAGGCCCAUGCCCACACCCAGACCCAGCACGCUGAGGCUGCAUUGGCGGACUCCACCACCGAGCAACAGCCCCCUCUGAAUCCUUCCCAGGCUACUUCCUUCCCUCUUCCACAGAUGCCCCCCAGUCCUUCUCAUAUAUCGUCUCACCCCCACCCUGCCUCCCUGCCACCCCUCCAUCCUGCUAACCCUGGCCCAGAGACCCAGCCCACCCCACCAGAGAGCCAACUAACCCUGUCUGGUCUGGCUGAUGUCCCCUCGGGCCUGACCUCUCCCCCGGCUGUUGCCGCCACUGCCCAGCCCCUUGACUCUAACGCCCCCUCGCUGCUGCACCCCACCUCAACCUCACUCCAAGACUGUGACCCUGCUCUGCUGGGCAUUGCUCAGGAGAGUCCAAACCAGUCUGGCACAGAGAGACACUCCUCUUCAGGUGCUGUUUCAGCCAAUGGGGAUGGGGAUCUACAGAUGUUAGCCAAUGGAAAACUAGAGAGGAUGAAGUCUCAGAGGAGAUUGUCCUAUCGGGGGGCAGAAAAGGGAUCCCAUGCAUUUCAACUGAGUAUGAUCCAGGUGUCCGGCUCUGGUGACAACAUGGUGGAGUGUCAGCUGGAAACCCACAGCAACAAGAUGGUCACCUUUAAGUUCGACACAGAGGGAGACGCACCUGAAGACAUCGCAGAUUAUAUGGUGGAGGAGGAUUUUGUCCUUGAGUCAGAGAAAGAUACAUUUGUGGAAGAGCUGAGGUCCAUUGUCAAGAGAGCUCAGGAAAUUCUCCUCACACAUCAACAGACUGGAUCUAUGGAACAGCUGCAUGUGAGCACUCCAACAGGCACAGCAAUGGACUGGGCGCCUCAGUCGUCUCCGGUGGGCAGAUGGAGGUUCUUCAUCAACCAGACCAUCAGACACAGAGACUCCACGUCCAACCAGGGAGGAGCGUCCACCCCUCCACCUCUCUCGACCGGAGAGGUCAGGGUGCCCCAGUCUACAGACACUGACAGAGAGGGGGGGCGGAGGAUCCCAGAGAUCGGACUCCUCCUUCGCUGGAAUGGUCUCCUCUCCUCCUCCCCGCUCCACGUCCACCCUGUGUGUCCCUGCCACCGCCUCCUCCCCCCCUGCCUCCGCCUCCACCGUUUCUGCCCCUGCCUCCAUGUCUGCCCCCCCAGCCCCUGCUGCCCCUGCUCUACGAGUAGGGGCUCUAUGGUGAGCCAGGGCCGAGGACCAAGCCUGGGUGAUGUAGUAAAGGUGGCCACCCUAGGACAGUGUGUGUCUGGAGGGGACCACUCAUCCACUGGCUCAAUCCACCCACCAGUGGCUGUGGCUGCAACCGUGGCCUCUCCUCCUGUUAGCCGUGCUGGUCUGGAGCAGCAGCAACACACUCUGCCUCAGAUGCAGUGCACGGCAGCCCAGGUUCAGCCUCAGGUCCAGUUACAACAGCAACUCCAGACAGUGCAACAGGUACAGCAGCAGCAACCACUCCUAGAACAUCAGCAACAACAACAACACCUGAAGACUGUGCAACUCCAACAGGUACAGAAACAACAGCAAGAGUACCAAGAGCAGAUACAACUGCAGCAGCAGAAGCAGCAACACGCGUUGCAACAAUCUAUUCAACAGUUGCAGAUGCUGCAACAACAUCAGCAGCAGUCUGAGGUACAUUUGCAUCCCCAGCUCAGUCACACAGAGCCGUUACAACAACAGUGUAUGUCCCUGCAAUCACAGACAGAGAUGUUGCCGCUGGCACUACAACUACAGACUCAGCAAAUGCCUGUCCAAAUGCAGAACGCACAGUACAACACACAGUUACACAUGCAACAGCUACACCAGUUGCCACCACCACAGCAAAAACAACCAGUCAUUUCACAGCAACAGGCAGCGAUUGACUUGCAGCCACAGCAUCAGCAACAGUUAACUCUGCAACAAGCACUGCAUAUUCAGCAGCAACAGCAAAUGCUCCAACAGCAACAACAGCAGCAGCAGCAACAACAGCAGCUGUCAGUGAACCAACAGUAUGUCCAACAACAAUCAGUACAGCCACUAAACAUGGCGCUCGUACAACCGCAAGCUCAACAACUCCCUCUAGAACAGACACAACAACUAGUACAGCAACAGCAGCAACAACAAGUACAACAAGAGGUUAACCAUCAGCAGCAGCAGGUGCCCCAGCAGGCUCCUCCCCAGAAGCAGACGUCAUUACAACAGUCAGAGUGGAAGAGGUCUACAGAGGAGGACGGUGUGACAGAGGAUAUAGGCAGUCACUCUGCCCCUCUACAUCCCUCCUCAGACUUAUCGUUGCCCCUCAACAUUAACACAACCUCCGAUGCCCCCUUACCGCCCCUCUCCCUCACCUUGACCCCAUCCCCAGUCCAACCAUCCUCUGUGGCCGAGUCGGACAGCGAGGGCCCUCCCAAAAUCGAGUUUGUAGACAACCGCAUUAAGACUCUGGAUGAAAAGCUGAGGAACUUGUUGUAUCAGGAGUAUAGUAGUGGGGCAGCUGUGACGGGGGGAGCUGCUGUGGCUUCUACCGCAGGUGCCACCGCAGUGGGGAGAGGAGUGGGGGAGGAGGCUCCACCAGAAAGCCCGGUGGAGCAGCAGCCCGGCCCGUCUCUCUCCUCCGCCUCCCUCGCUUCCUCCCUCCUUGCCUCUCCACACGGAGACUCGGCCGGGCCCCCGCCUAUCCCUGGAGAACCCACUGUUUUUGCUGCCCCCCCUCACUCUGACACCAGUACCCCAGGAGAAGUCACUACGUGGCCUGCAAAUCUGCAACCCGUCCCCCUGGGCCCUGGAUCGCCGCCACAGCACAAUGCAGGAGGUGGAUAUUUUGGCCUAAACCUGACAUGUCCUAGUAUCAGAAAUCCCGUUAGCAAGAAAUCCUGGACUCGCAAAUUCAAAAGCUGGGCUUGCAAACUGCGCCACUCCGCCAGCUUGUUCAAGAAGCCCAGAGUCCAGCAAGACGGUCACUUUAGUGGCAGUCAGGCAGUCAGCGAGGAGAGAGAGGGGACUUCCUCCAACCCUCCCCACUCACUCAAGGGACGAUUUCAGGUCACCCCAGUGCCCCAGCCCCCUGAGGCCUCUCCCCCCAAGGAGGCAGCCUGUGGUACGGGCAGCAGCCACAGGAAUGUGGGGCGCUUCUCUGUGACCCAGACGGAGAACCAGAAAGAGGAGAAAGAACUGACGGACAGCUCCCCUGUGUCUCCUGACCUGGAGAGAGAGAGGAGGAGGACCCGAGGGAAGGAGGGAGAGAGGGAGGAGGGGAAGAGGACUCCAGCACUGAGCAACCCACCCCGAGGACAUGGUCACGGGCAUGGUCAUUCUCCCCUGGGCAGUAGUGAUGAUGAGGAGAGUGAGAUGGAGGAUGAAGACCUGAGGAAGGAGCUGCACACGCUGAGAGAGAAGCACAUCAAGGAGGUGGUGUCCCUCCACGCUCAGCAGAACAGAGAGCUCCAGGAGCUGUACAGACAGCUGCGCUCCCUCAAAGACCACCAGCAGACCCUGCCCCGCACCCCACCCUUCCCCUCCGGGUCCCCAGCCCUCUCCCCCCGCAGGCACAGGCCAGCCAAAGCCAAGCUCCGACCAAGACCCCACUCACACAUGGACAACAAUGGACUCGCUGGUCACCCCGGUAUACAACAGUCCAGUAGUUUCUCAGGGGGAGAACAGAGAAAACUGCCGCCAUACUGCAACCCAGAACAAAUCACCCUACUGACUACCAAAAGAGACCACAAUCCUCCCUCCCAGGUUGCCAGAAAGAGCAUGUUCACAGAUGACUUGCACAAACUGGUGGAUGAUUGGACGAAGGAGACAGUGGGUCCCGCCGCCCCCAAGCCCUCGCUCAAUCAGAUCAAGCAGAUUCAGCAGGUGCAGGAGUUGGGAGGGUGGCCACAGGCCACAGAGGUGGCUCCUCCUUGUUGGUUCCCUGUGGCACCACUGAACCCCCAGGCCUCCCCAGCCCCCUCCAGCCUCACUGCUCCAGCUCAGUACACCACUGGGGGGGGCCAGUGGAGUGGGGUGGUGGGACCACCAGGACCACAACAACAACAAACACACAUGCCUCCAGUCCCUCAGCUGCAUCAAAGUUUACACCUCCAGCAAGCCCAGCCUACUCACCCAUUACAGAUACAACCCCUAAUCCAGACUCAACUACUGUCUCAGUCCCUGUCUCCCGUAGAGCCACAGACAGGGCAACAACAGAUACCCCAGCAGCCCCAUUUAGGUGUAGGAACCCCACCUCCGAAUCAGAAUAAACCUCUGUUGCCUUCCCAGGUGUCCCCAUCGUCUCAGCUGGCCCUAGCUCAGCCUGGGUGUCUGAUUCCUGGGUCUAGCAACAAUGCGGUAGUGGAGCCCAUAGACACUGGCGCUGCUCCUGCUGCUCCUGCCCCCGGUGGCUCCGGGGGGACAUUGUGCUUCUGCUCCUCCUCCUGCUCCUCCUCCUGCUCUGCUGCUGCUCGACCAUCCAGUGCCAAACUUCACCCCACGCCCCCAACCUCCACUCUUCCUCUGGGACAGCAGUAAAAAGAAAAUGAGAGGGGGGAAGAGUGAGUUCGAUUAGGAUGGAACAAGGGAAGUAGAAAAAAAUAUGGAGAUGAUGGAUGUGUAAAAACCAUGUGGAAAGUUUGAGAGUAUGUAUUUUAUGAGAGGUAAUGUCUGACAAUGAGAAAAUGGACGCCAUUAUAUUUGUAAAGAUGAGAUGGUAAGUGAAUGUGAGAGAUGGUUGAGUCUAUGUAGACAGAAUAUGUACAGACAGAGGGCAAUAUGAAACUCUUGGGAGGGGGGGUCAUGAUAUUGGUGUGUUUGAGAUGUACAAAAUUAGGUAAUGUGUGUGUGUGUGUGUUUGUGUUGCCAUUGAUUUCCUCAGUACAUAUUCCUUGUGUAUUUUGACACUAAGUAACAGUCAUGUUAUUUUUAAAAUCGAACUAAGUUUGACCCAGAACUCUUCCUCCCAAGCUGAGACAUGAAGGAACAGAAAACAUUGACAUAUUUUUGUUUUGUUUUUGUCAAUGCUUACUUAUAUCGAAAAGGACUAUGAAUUUUAAGUGCAAUUAGUAACUGUCAUCUAAAUUGUAUCAUCCUGUGAUGUCCUGAUUUGUCUGUGGUGGCGUUUAACCAAAUAAUUUUGUAGAAGCACGUUGACAACAACCAACCAAACAUUUACGCAUUAACUGACAUAUUACAUGAGUAUAGCACAAAUGUUUCAACAGGCUACCAAUGAGAUAUAAAGCAGGUGCAACAACAGCAUGUUACAGUAACACCACAGAGCAUGGUAAUAGUGGUGCUACCUGGCUAUUAUCACUACCACAAUGCCACUAAGCACACUGCUGUACAGUCUAGUGCACGGGCAAGGCAUGUAUUUCGUGGAUUAUAAUUUUUUACAUUGAUAAAUAAGUGUCAAUUAGUAGAUUAAAGAAGAUUUUAAAUGACAUGUUGAGUAACAUGAUUAAAUUGUGAUCAAUAUAUGAAUAUGUUCAGU